AAUCGACGACUGUUUGUGCACGCAGCAAAUUUGAUUUCAGUUUCGUUUUGGAGGAAAUCUUUUCCGCGUUCUAAACAUACUGUUUACUUGUUAUUUACCAAAUGAAUCUCUUUUCCAAUUGAGAAGGAACUGGAAGAAAUUUUGUUAACCAGGAAAAUGGCUGGAAAAGCAAAUCUUAACGCGGAUAUUCCGCUUAGCGAGCGAAGUCCCGAUGCGAAGGUAGAGGAUGCUGAUUUUACUGCUGUUGUUUUCCGUGGAGUCGCUGAUGUUUAUUCUCCCGAUAAAGGUAUCGAAUGCUGUUAUACCAUAAAAUCGUCCGUCAAGGCGACAAAUAGGGAUUGGGUUGGUUUAUUUAAAGUUGGAUGGCAGUAUUCGAAGGAACAUUAUACCUUUGAAUGGUCGCCGUUCUUGGGAGCACAGGAAGAAGGUAAAUCCGUUCACAACAUGGUUGUUUUUAAGGCAAAAAAUCUACCAAAAUGUGAUGAAGAAUUCUAUCAGUUUUGCUACGUUAAUAGCUCCGGGGAAGUAAGGGGAGCGAGUGUACCAUUUCAAAUAAAAACGAAGGCCGACGAGACGGAGUUUGAGUUUUGUGAAGUAGAAGAUGAUGAAAGUAUGUUGAUGGUAAAAAAUCGGACCGCCAUCGCUGAGGAUUCUUUGGCAAGAGCUCUCGAAGAAAAUACCUCACUAAAAGUCUCUAUCGAAAGGAUGAAAGGCGAUUUAGAGAGAUUGACUGAAACAGUCAUGGGUCUGGAGAAAAGAAAGGCCGAAUUAAAAGCUGAAGUCAACCACGAAAGAAAACGAAAUUCAAUUCUUUCCAAGGAAUUGGAUAAGGCAAACAAAAAAGUUGGCGAGAAAAACGAAGAACUGGAAAAGUUGGGAAAGCGGAUCACAGAACUGGAGGCGUCAGUCAAAGACUUGGAGAAAAACAAGCAGGAAUUGAUGGUUAUUGUUGAGCAUUCGAACAAGAAAGUUGAAGAGUUUACUACAAUUGUUGAAAAGGAACAGAUACAGUGCUCAGAAGUGCAAAAAAGUCGGGACAAGUUGGUGAGUGAAAAACUGCAGUAUCUGCAAAAAAUUGCAGAGAACAGAGAGCUUGUAGAGAAUCUUUCCACAGAUGUGAAUAAGAAAGCUGAAGAAAUCUCGUUACUAAGAGAGGAAAAAGAAAAUCUGAACUCAGCAGUUGCAAAACUCAAGCAAGACGUGGAACAAAAAAAUGUUAUGAUUAAAGAUUUACAAGAUCAGCUCACAGGUGAAAAGGAUAAAUUCCUUCUGGCUAAAUCGCAGGCAGAAAAUGAAUCUGAAAAAUUCAAAAAGGAAUUGCAAAUGCUACUGAAGAAGUUGGAAGUCAAGAACACUGAGCUCAAGGAUCUCAAAGAUACCGUUCAGCAGCUUACAGCUAAGGUAAAAUUGCUGGAGAAGGAAAAAGAUGAGGUUAUGGAUGCAGCUUUGGCCGAAUCAGUUAGUUUUGAGAACAAGAUCAAAGCACUUAUAGAAGAAGGUAUCAUGAAGAGAGAUGAGAUCCAGACAUUGGAAUACGAGGUUGAAGACUUGAAAAAUAAAAUCGAAACAGAAAAGGGGAGAAAUUUGGCAUUAGAAGAGGACUAUGAAGCUGCACUUAGAGGGAUAGAAAACCAGUUAGAGGGAGAGAAAGCUUUAAACCACUCAUUGUGUGCUCAAACUGAUACUGCAGUUUCUGAGCUCCAAAAGCAACUAGAGCAUCAGUUACAGGCCAAUGCUGAGCAAAACCAGCUUUUGGAGACCAAGACAGCAGAAGCAAAAGAAGCUCAAGAAGAGCUUGAAAAAGAAAAGAAUGAGGUGAAAUCUUUGGAAGAGAGACUCGAGGUUGCAUUUGCUCAACUCUCUGCUGCAAAUGAGGAGGUCAAAGGACUGAAAUCUGCUAAGGAGUCUCUCCAGACGUCACUAAAUGAUACCAAGGGAAAAAAUAAAACUUCUUCCAGAAAUUCAGCUGCAUCGAUGUAUGCACUUCAGACAGCUCACACGCACCUUGAAAAGAAAUAUAUUGAAGCCAAGAAAAGCCUUGAAGAAAUGUGGAAAGAAAAGAACGAACUCAAGAGAGCUCUUGGUGCCAUUCAAAGCAGUCUUCCUGCAAGUGAUUUACGACAUGAAAUAGAAGAUUUCAGAGCUAAAAAUGAAGAUCUUCGGGUACGCUUGAAUAUGGGAGCUGAAGCCUAUAAAUCAAAAUUUAUUGAAUGCCACAGGCUAAAGAAUCAGCUGAAAAAGCUCCAAAACUCAUCAUCGUCUGAAUCACCAUCUGACAGCACAGCCAUAAUGAAGUUACAACAAGAACUGGAGGAGGAGUGUUCUGCAGGAGCUGAUGCAAAGAAAGCUCUAGAAGCAGAGAAGGAGAAGUACCAACAGAUAAAUGAAGAGCUUGAAGAGAAAAAACUUGAGUUGAAUAAACUGAAAGUGAGUCUAGAGCAGGUGGAGUCUGAGAGCCACCAAAAGGCAUCCUCUUUUACCAAAUAUGAAGAAGAAAAGGCUGAACUUACUUCUUACAUCAAAACAUUGGAAACAGACAAUGCCGAGAGAAAAAACAGGCUAGCCCAGUUGGAAGAACUGUUCCAAAAUGAGAAAUCCGAAAAACACAAUCUCAUUGAAGAAAUAAUGAACUUGCAAGAGCAGCUAAAAGUAUGGGAACAGGAGAGAGAUUUAAGGAAUAAAGAGAUAGAGGAAAUACAAAUGUCACUAGCACAAGAACAAUGUGAACGUGAUAAACUGGGAGAAGAUGCUAGGAAGAAAAUCCAGAAAUUGGAAGACACAGUCCAGAAACUCACUGAAGAAAUUGAACGAUGGAAGAAAGAAGUGGAUAUGCAUGUUGAGGCUGAGUCAAAGAUGAUUGGAUCAUCUGAAACACCUGAAACUAAAGACCAGUACCAACAAACAUCUCCAGAUCAAAGGUCUCCUCCUAUCCAAUGGCCCUGGAAUAAAAGCUCUCAUGGAAGAAUGCAUAGUCCAUGCAGUCAACAAUGGGUUCUUGUAGCAAGGAACCCAGAGGCCACCCCUCCCCCUGUUAAUCCAUAUUUUACACCAGGACCAGCACAGGAUCCAUUCCAUCUACCAUCAGUACCAGGAGCACCACCACCAUCAUCGCCAGCACAAGUACCAAUGCCAAGUUUGGAUCAGCGUGAAUGCCCAAUUUGUAACAUCUUGUUUCCUCCUAGUGCAACCACGGGGUAUAUUGAAGAGCAUGUUAAUAGACAUCUUGAUGGAACAGACCAGUAAAGAUCAGGUAUACAAUAUUGAAAAAUGCAUCUGAAGAAAAUAUCAAAACUCACAAGAAAAGUAUAAAAUUAGAUAAAUGCCAAACUAAAAAUGUUAACACCAGAUAGUCUGGCAUCAGUUUUGAUUAAGGUGGAAUGUACAAGUAGAAAAUGUAACCAUUUAAAGCCACUUCACUAAUAAGUAUGUAUCUUACAGGGGUUAGUUAAGAAAUUGUUGGAUUACUAAUCAAACCGACAAAAGCAGAAUUAAAUAUAUUAUUUCUUAAUA